GGUGACGUAGGAGAGGGAAAUCCAAAACACAGCUCACGUCCUCUUCUCUCAGGCGGGUUUGUCAAGUCCAAAAGUGAAGUUGGGCUGUAAGCGGACGACAGUUGAUAAAACGAGACUAAACAAAAUGCAGAGAGCUUCCCGUUUGAAGCGUGAACUUCAGAUGCUGAGCACCGAGCCACCUCCUGGGAUUACAUGCUGGCAGACUGAGGACAGGAUAGACGACCUCCGGGCACAGAUAGUGGGUGGAACAGGGACCCCAUAUGAAGGUGGACUCUUCUCCUUGGAGAUCAAGAUCCCUGAGAGGUACCCAUUUGAGCCUCCCAAGAUGCGAUUCUUGACCCCUAUCUACCACCCAAACAUCGACAAUUCAGGACGCAUCUGCCAUGAUGCCCUCAAACUCCCACCAAAGGGUGCCUGGAAGCCAUCCUUAAACAUCUCUACAGUCCUCACCUCCAUUCAGCUGCUCAUGGCUGAGCCCAAUCCAGACGACCCACUCAUGGCGGAUAUAUCAUCAGAGUUCAAAUACAACAAACAGCUGUUCACGGAGAAGGCCAAAAAGUGGACAGAAGAACACGCUAUUCAGAAGAACUUGGGAGUGGUGCAGGGCAACAAAGAAAAUACUCCGGAUCCGAAAGUUUCAUCCCGCAAAAGAGAGGCUUUCAGCGCAAUGCAGGAGGCAGAAGAGCCAGCAAAGAAAACCUGUGCCUAGUUUCCAUUUCACUUGUCAGAACCGCAGGUCUCUCUUUUUCAGAGUCACCAUGCCUUAUACACCUGUCUUAUUUUGAGGAGUUUGAUUUUGAUUUGAAUUUUAAUUCACGGCUAACACCUUCUUCCAUUUACUAUGUAUUCAUUCAUCUUCCUAAACCAGAAAUACCCACAUAUUUAUAUGUAUAACGUUUAUGUUUGUGUUUCGAUAUUA